AACGUACAGAGAGCUUGGUUGUAUCUGGAGCCUAUAUUCAGCUCAGACGACAUCACCAAGCAACUCCCCACAGAAAGUAAACGCUACAACACGAUGGAGAGGGUCUGGAGGAAAGUCAUGAGGAUGGCAAAAACGGAGCCCCACGUACGAUAACAUUAAGUUCAAAUUUAAUUAUUGUUAUCAUGUGGAUUUUAGCCCACCGGUCAUCCAAGACCGAGACGGAUCGACGAUGUAGAGAAGGAUUUACAAAAAAUGGGGGUUGGCGCAUGGAGGCGGAAAGCCAUGGAUCGUUCCGAAUGGAAGGAUGUGGUGGAGCAGGCCAUGGGCUGUAGCGCCACUGAUGAUGAUGUGCAUUUUAGACCUGAGGAUAGUGUAAUAUAUUUAUGAGAUGGAGAGGGAUGAGGCUUUAAAAACAAAAAUGGUAAUCUUGCCAUCUAUAAACAUUUACAUCCAUAGCAAUAAUGUUUGCUGAAUGUCUCACCUGUCUUUCAAUAGCCCCACCCUUUGGCAAGCUUCUAGAUCAGUGGUUCUCAACCUUCCUAAUGCCGUGACCCUUUAAUACAGUUCCUCAAGUUGUGGUGACCCCCCAACCAUAAAUUUAUUUUCGUUUUUACUUCAUAAAUAAGUGGUUUCCGAUGGUCUUAGGCGACCUCUGUGGGGGUCAUUCGACCCCCAAAGGGGUUGCGACCGACAAGUUGAGAACCGCUGUUCUAGAAGUUGAGAACCGCUGCUCUAGAAGUUGAGAACCGCUGUUCUAGAUAUUGGGUAUUUGAAACUGGCCACCAUAUUUUGAGGAGUUUUAAUGAUUUUGUGGGUUUUAACACCGCUCCAGUUGAACACAUGAAAUAAGUUUGUAUAUUUAGAUUAAACAGUUACUGAAUGAGACAAUAUUUGAUUUUUUCUUUCAUAAGGUGAUCGUAAUUUGCCCUGAUGAUAACAUGCUCACAGACCUGAAGAAAUGCAGUGAGCUGCUGGAUCACGUA